GAAGUGAAGGCAGCAGAUCCGGCCCUGCCCUCUGAGGGUCAAAGGGACUCUGCACAUGCAGGGUGGAGCUGCACAGACCGAGACACUGGGGUGGAGAUGAAGCAGCAGACUGUGGUUCUUCAUCUCAGCGAACCUGUUGAAGCAGCCUGAUCUGCAGGCGACUGAUUGAGUCCUGGAGGUGGUGACUCAGCUCGUGUGUGUGUGCAGAGAUAAUUCCAGCCUGUGAAUCAGCUGCACACACUUUGACUUCUUGUUCAUCCUCGUGGCGCGCAAUACUAAGGGGGCGUGGCUUCAUUGGCGGCGAGAGUGCGAAGCCGAUGCGGAGGUGCCUAAAACCUGUAUUCCAAUGCUGCAUCGUGCACACGGAUAAUAAAGAUGGACAACGUCGUGCUCGUCAACCACGGGGGUCGGCCGUUCAAGAUCAAGCUCAUCGACUUCGGUCCGGCCCUUCCCGCGGGCAACGUGACGCGCUGCAUCGUGUCAGAGCUCCACUUUGGCAUCGGCCUCGUCCCGCUUCAGCGAUGUGUCGUCUGUUCGUCCUGCUGGUCGCGUUGACCGGGCGCGUCGACCCGGUGGACGGCUACAGCAACGGGAAGGUGGCCGUGGCCUGUGGAGACAUGGUGCCUCGGCACGGCUACGACCCCAGCCCGGACCCCCCUCCGUACAGCAUCAGUGUGGACAGAUCCACCUUCAGUCCUGGGGACAAAAUCACAGUCUCGUUGCGAGGGGUCACGUCCUUCAAGGGGUUCCUGAUAGAAGCUCGGGACGCUGAGAAAUUGGACUCGCCCGCGGUGGGCCUCUUCCUCCUGACCGAGCCUCACCAGUCGCAGCUGCUGCAGUGCGGCGACACUCCGGGAUCUGGGGUGAGCCACAGGAGCAGCGCGAAGAAGACCGAGGUGCAGGUGGCGUGGGAGUCCCCAGAGAACCCUCCGCCCAGAGUCCAGUUUCUCGCGACGGUGGUGCACAAGUACAAGGUCUACUGGGCGAGGGUCCCGGGCCCCGUGGUGUCUCUGAGGGGAGCGACCGCCGCCCCGUCCACCGCCGCUCCUGCUCCGACCACCGGCCCCGCUCCGCUGUCCACACCGUUCAGUGCGGUCGGAUGUGGCCGCAGCAAAUCCUGCCUCAGGGACCCAGCGGGCUGCGAGCCGGAGUCGGACCCCCGCUGCUUCUUCCUGUCGUUCGCCGCCGAUGGCGAGGCGGGCCGGAGGAGUGCGAUGUUCGAGCUCAGCGGGCCGGCCGACGGCUACGUGUCCUUCGCCCUGUCUCUGGACGAGUGGAUGGGGAACGAUGACGUCUAUCUGUGCGUGAGCGACGGACGCAGAGUGGCCAUCAGCGCCGGACACGUCUCUGGACGGACGCACCCCGAGCUCGCGGCGGAGGAGGCUCUGUGGGGGCGGGCCUGGAGCGUCGCCGACGGCGUCAUCCAAUGUCGUUUCCACAGAAACAUCCUCCAGCCAGACAGGUUCGACCUAAACCGGAGCUACUUCCUGUUCCUGGCGCACGGCGAAGCUCAACAAGGUCUGAUCCACAGACACCAUCGCCAGCCUCUCGUCUCCACCCAUCAGAAGGUGAUAACUGGACGUCCCGAGGAUCUCAGCGGCUCGCGCGCCCCGCUGCUCAUCAAGUUACAUGGUGUGCUGAUGCUGACCGCCUGGAUGUGGACGGUGAGCGCGGGCGUCUUCGUCGCUCGCCACUACAAAGGCUUUUGGCCCGACGCCACGCUGCUGGGACAGAGGCUCUGGUUCCAGCUCCACCGAACCCUGAUGGUCUUGGCUGUGAUCCUAACUAGCGUGGCCUUCACGCUGCCUUUCAUAUACAGAAGGGGAUGGAGCAAGGGUGCGGGCGCUCACCCUUACGUCGGCUGCACUGUCAUGGCUCUGUCCGUCAUCCAGCCAAUUAUGGCUCUGCUCAGACCCGUCCCCGACUCCCCCAGGAGGAUCAUCUUCAGGUGGCUGCACUUUGGAGCGGGCACCGCUUGCCAGGUACUUGCCGCGGUGUGUGUGUUCCUGGGUGCUGCUCAGCAGGCCCUGCUGUUGCCCGGCCCCUGGUCCCCUGCGGUGCUGACCGCCUGGCUGCUGUGGAUCGUGCUGGCGGACCUGCUGCUGCUAGUCCACCGGUGCACGCUCGGAAGUAGAGGAAACAGCAGCAGUGAUGAUAAAGAGAAUAUUUUGAUGGCUCAGUUGGAGAGCCGGCAGCACGGAGAGAUUUGCAAGGUGAAGAAGGUGGUGCUGGUGGUGUUCCUAAUAGGAAACACCGCAUUCCUGGCUGCGUUCAUAAAAGCUAUUGCAAGUUUAUAAUGGCGAUCAAAUGGUCGCCAUCUAGAUUCUCUUUUUGCGUGAUAUCAUGUUUUUAAGUGAUUUAUUAAGUGAUAUUUUUAAUCCAUAAUUGUUGAUGUUUUUUCACAUUAAUGUUUUUUUUAAAAAGUGGUUGGAUAAUUAAAACUGAAGGAUAAUAUUGGUC